CUAGACUAAACAAAUCUAGUUCCUCAAUACUUCUGUUGGCAUUUUCUUCCAGGGAUGUUUCUCAACCUUCAGGACAGUCUUGCCCUGGUCAGCUCUCUCCUGCUUUCUCAAACUGUGGUGACCCAACCAGGGGUCAGGUUCUCCUUCUCAUUGCAGCACUUUGUCUGCAGAAACAGUGUCUUUACAGGCAAUAAACCAGCGCUGCACACAGACACUUAGGUAGGUUUGAGUCACCACACAUCUGUUCUGGGCCCCACACAGCUCUUGGAAAUCACUGGAGACACCUGCUGCUCACCCCACCCUGGUUUCAGAAGGGCGAACCGCAGCUGACUGAGUUAGCAAGGAAAUGCUGUUACUCAUUUGAGUUGCAAAUCCCUGCUACCUGCUUGCCUGUUUUCACUUCCACAGAUUUUGAGGCAGCACUGGUGGUCAUACUACAUCUGUGCCAGUCUCACCUACUUUAAAUAUUUGGCAAUUCUAUCUUAAGGAAAAAGUACAACAAAUUACAUGUUCUGAGGGAAAAGUAAAAUUAAAAGCAAGAGUCUCCUGAAUGCCUUCCAUGGUGUCUCAGCUUGUUUUACAACGAGCUUGCUUAGCUGGUAGAUUGACAAAGGCUGGGUGUCCUUCCCACAGUCACAGGGGAAACACCAUCAGAGAAAUGCUUCUCCAGCCUGCGUUCCAGAAGUCAGUCAAGAUCUUAUCCAACAGACAGAGGAAAAACUCGAAAACAGCCCCUGCAAAGAGCUGUUCUCUCACUGUACAAAAUAGAUCUGUCCUUGACCACCUCAGUGGGGAACCAUUCCAAGAAUACCUGAACAGCAUGUACUUUGACAGGUUUCUCCAGUGGAAGUGGUUGGAAAGGCAACCAGUAACGAAAAACACGUUUAGGCAGUACAGGGUGCUAGGGAAAGGCGGCUUUGGGGAGGUCUGCGCUUGCCAGGUUCGAGCAACAGGGAAGAUGUACGCCUGCAAAAGAUUAGAGAAGAAGAGAAUAAAAAAGAGGAAAGGCGAAUCCAUGGCACUAAAUGAAAAGCAGAUUUUAGAGAAAGUCAAUAGUCAGUUUGUAGUCAAUUUAGCCUAUGCCUAUGAAACAAAGGAUGCACUGUGUUUAGUUCUGACCAUAAUGAAUGGAGGUGAUCUGAAGUUUCAUAUCUACAACAUGGGAAACCCAGGUUUUGAGGAGGAAAGAGCUUUGUUUUAUGCUGCAGAGAUUCUUUGUGGCUUAGAAGAUCUUCACAGAGAAAACACAGUAUACAGAGAUUUGAAGCCAGAAAAUAUCCUGCUAGAUGAUUAUGGCCAUAUUAGAAUAUCAGAUUUGGGUCUAGCUGUUAAAAUCCCCGAGGGUGAAUCAAUCCGUGGAAGGGUAGGAACAGUAGGGUAUAUGGCUCCAGAAGUGUUGAACAACCAGAGAUAUACACUCAGCCCCGACUACUGGGGACUGGGCUGUCUCAUUUAUGAAAUGAUUGCUGGGCAAUCACCAUUUCGAGGAAGGAAAGAGAAGGUGAAGAGGGAAGAAGUGGACAGAAGAGUUCUGGAGACAGAGGAGGUGUACUCCCAUAAGUUUUCUGAGGAGGCCAAGUCCAUCUGUAAAAUGCUCCUCACCAAAGAUGUGAAGCAGCGGCUGGGCUGCCAAGGGGAAGGUGCCACAGAAGUGAAGAGGCACCCCUUCUUCAAAAGCAUGAAUUUCAAGCGGUUAGAAGCAGGAAUGCUGGAUCCUCCCUUUGUCCCUGAUCCCAGGGCCGUGUACUGCAAGGAUGUGUUAGACAUCGAGCAAUUCUCCACAGUGAAAGGAGUAAACCUGGACCAAACAGAUGAUGAUUUCUAUUCCAAGUUUUCCACAGGAUCUGUGUCUAUUCCAUGGCAAAAUGAGAUGAUAGAAACGGAAUGUUUUAAAGAACUAAAUGUGUUUGGACCAAAUGGUACUAUUUCACCAGACCUAAAUAAAAGCUACCCCCCGGAGCCACCCAAGAAAGGACUGCUACAGAGAAUAUUUAAACGACAGCAUCAGAACAAUUCAAAGAGUUCUUCAAAUUCGAAGGCCAGUUUAAAUCACCACAUAAAUUCAAAUCACGUGAGUUCUAACUCCACCGGAAGCAGCUAGUUCUGACUCAGUUUUCUGAAACAUUGCAUCCUUCCACUAUAAUCUAUGAAGCUUCUAUGGAUGAGAGAGCAUCCACCGUUGAGUGAAAAAAAAAGAAUCUCCCCCAAAUGGAGAUUUUCUACCCAUUCCUUCCAGUGGAGCCUCGCAUUUUAAGAAGAAAUUUCCACUCAGGUCUGUUUCUGGAGGUGGCACUCAAGACUGCGUGAAUCAAAUUUGUCUAUUUAGAACAUUGCAAUAGAAAUUCAAUGAACAUGACUACUUGCACGUAUUUAAAUAGCAUCAUACUAGAACUGAAUUUUGUCUUUAUUAUUUUUAAAGAAAAGUUUUGUAAAUUUCUCUAUUGUCUCAGUUUACAUUUUGUACAUUUGUAUUUAAAUGAAAGUCAGACUUUGGAGGUGUAUAUUUUCCAAGCAGCAGCUGUAAAGCCAUGUGUUUUAAGACAUUUUUUAAAAGAAAAAAAAAAUGUGACUCAAGACUUCCAGAGCCUCAAAUGAGAAAUCAUUCUUUUUAGUAAUCCUAGAAAACUAUUCAUAAAUCACUUUAUCAGACGGUUUUAUUGACAUGCAUUUUUACAGAACAGUUUAUUCUUAAUUAUUUUACAUCUGUAUAUUUGGUUUACAGCAACACUGCAUACGUUUCUCCUCUUCAUUAACUUGUAAUGUCUUGCAUUAAAUGCUAAAAGAUACUGACAAGACUUUGAUGUAUUCAAGAAUACUCCUUGCUAUGCCUAAGGUUUGUGAUCUCAAUGGACCAGCACAGCUGAUAUUUGUACUUGUUGUCAGAUCAUCAUCAUAUUUUUUUGUUAGAAAUUGUACUCUAUUUUAAACCGUUCUUCUUCACUUUUUUUUUUGUUGAAGAACAAAAUUGAGUGAGAGGUGACCAGGAAAGCAAGUGACCAUUUGUUUUUCAAGGGCUUGAAUCCUGCACCCACUAUGAGGAGAGCAAAGUGUUCUCAGUGCUGCAGACAAAAGCCUAGGGCCUUUUCACCACUGCUCAUAUCAAACAGGUAGCAAGAGAGAAAUGCAAUAGUCUGGUUUGUGCACCAUGAGAAUCAAGUCAGCUCCCUAGAGCUGACCUGUGGAGAUUCAGAGCGGGGUCUGAGCUGCUUUAGAGCAGCAGCAGAACCUGUGUCUGCACUUUCAUUUGUCAUGUCAAACAUACAUGGCUUGUUCCCUCAAUUAAGUCCUCGACUUAAUUGAAUAAAAUGUAAGUUGUGAAAUAACACCUCCCACUUUUCCUUCCCUCUUUCUUUGCCCAGGAUCCUUUAACCACUGUUGAAGACAUUCUUCCCACUUACAAACAGGAUCAGUCAGGAUCAGUAGCAAUACCUGAGGCACCUGAGUCAUGCUCAAGUAGUCCGCUUAAGAAUGCUAGAUCAAAAAUAUGGUUUCUUCUCUUUAAUAGGAACUGGAAAAUCUUUGUGCCCCCAAGUGCAGGUGAGGUCUCUGUAGCCCACCAUGUUCUGCAAAAGAGGUUUCUCCACCAUGCGCCUUAACAAUAUUCACUAGAGUAGACUGAUAAGUUCACCUUUGGGUCAGAGAGGAACAUCCAUGCUCAGCCUGGUGUGUCUAAAGCCCUGUUAGCUAGCAGUGCAGUUAGCCCAGGAAGCACCGUUCCAGUAAAUGGCCAAAGUUCAUUAGGUUAUUCAUUUAUAUGUUCUCUCUCUCUGGCCAACGCAGAAGGGUUAAAAAAAUGCAGGUUAGCAGUGGCAAAGCUAUGAGUGAUACUCACAGGAAUUAUAUGUUAAAACAACUUAGGACAUGAGGGAGAGAGUUAGAACAGGAUCAGGAUGCAUAAAGCAGCCUACAGAGAAAAGUUAAGGAAGGGAGAUGGGGCUUUGGUGCCUUUCUCUGAAGUAAAACACGUUAAGAUGCAAGUCCAUACCAUUCCAAAAUCCACCAGUUUUCCUGGUCACUGUAGACAGGCAGAAAGUAUGUUGUAAGAUCACCAAGAAUGUGUUCCCUUUUUUCCUUCAGAUCAGUGUGGCAGAGAAGUUCCUUUUCCCUUGUAGAUGGUGCUCAGGGAGAGCUUCAGUCACUCUCCCAUGUCAGAUGGUGGCACUGGAGAUCUUACAGAAGAUACAAGAUUGUGGAGAAACAGCAACAAAGAGAAUUUUGAGUAACUUUCUAUAAACUAAAUUUGUAAUGGUUUCAGCUUCUCGACAGGAGAGGAAUGAAUACUGUAGAAGUGAAAGCAGCUGUGCACAGAGGGGUCUGUUACCUCCAGUUCCAUUCUCACAGCCUGAUGUAGAGCCACCUAAGUCAGCAAGAUUAAGAUCAGUCACUUUAGCACUCUCUGAAUGAAGAUACGCUUGCUCUGAGAGAUUUUCACAGGCCUUCUUCAAUGACACGUGGAAUCUCACCUGAUUUGAAGAAAUGUAGGUGAGAAGUAGAGGAAUGUGUCAUAGCCAGACCAUGGAUAUAUAUCAGUGUACCAGAAACAAGAUGCACGUCUUAGAUCUUAGAGAGCUGCAAGAGUUGUGUAACUCAAGUCUAUUUUUAUCAUUCUAAGACAUCACUUUCGAGCAGCAUUGUGUACUAUGGGUUUGUGCAGCCUCAGCUGGCUUCAUCCUGUGCACUGAUGCUAGGGAAAGGGUUGCUGGAUGGGAAACUAGAGUGAAAGCCUAAGUUCUUUUCUCCACUUACCCCAUCAUCUCACUUGGCAGCAAUAGACAAGUAUAUUCCUUCAUCAGAAAAAUGUGGCUGAUAAUAUCUACCUAUCCCACAAUGGGAAAGAAAAAAUGACGGCUGAGAGAAGUCUUGGCCCCCUAAAAUUUCAUGGCAUAAAUUUAUUAAGACUGCAGCCGUUGUCACAAGAGCUUCAUUUCCUGUGUGUUAUCAGUGUGGCACAUGAAGACUGAAUUUUCUUUUUUUUACCAUCUCCCAUUUGGGAAAUAAAAUCCUGAUAAUAAUAAAACCUUUAGUGAAAGUUGGUGGGCAAAUUGAAAGUAGAUUGUAGAUGGCCUUAUACCUCUGAGAUGCUAUCAGCCUUAACUAGUGGUGGAUGACUUUUUUAUAUGGCAACAGGGAAUGACAGCAAAUAUGCCUUCUCCUGCUCUCCUUUCAGCUGGGACUGUUCCUUACUCAGCGUUUAGGACUCGACAGUGGAGACACAAGGACAAUGCAAAGUCCACGGAUGACAAAGCUGCAUUCAGUGGGUCCUGAUACUUGGAAUUUAUUAUGCUAGAGUUAGACAUCCUGAACCCUCAAGAUGGUAAAGGACAAGGAUGCUUAUGCACACCUGAAGAGUCAAGCCUGGGAUUAAGUCCCUCUGGAUCCCAGCCCCUUGGGAAGCAGUGAGUGAGUAAGGAGAGAGACAGAGAAUAAGAGCAGCUGAGGCAGAUUUCAUGCUGCAUCCCUGUUGCUGUCUUGUCUGACAAACAGUAUUAUGAUGCUUGAGCAGCAGAAUUUUCUCAGUAUCCAAACCCUGAAAGAUUUGAUUAUUACCAUACAUCACUAGUGGUAAUAAGCAGUCCUAUGAAUCUUCUAGUUGGGGUUUGCCUACAGCAACAAAGCCUGCAGCAUUGUCUUUUCAUUGCUGAUUUUCUAUUAUUAUUACAAUUUCUAAAUCAUUGCUCAACUCAUCAGACACGCAAUACAGUCCUCUCACUUCUAUAGUGUGACCAUGGGAGCACACAAUUCAGAGCUGAAGCCCUGCCCUGCUUCCAGAGACGUUUGUCGUUUGCUUCUGAGCCAAAUUCAGAAACACUGGGAGCCCCAGGUGUUUGGGGGCUCUGAAAGAACAGAAUUAUAAUUUUCAUUUUACUACCUUGGAGAGCAUUUAUAGGGGGAUUUUUAGUAUUUUGAUUCAAAGUGAAUAAUUUUUGAUGUGGGUUUGCACAUAGCAAGGAGCAGGAAGGAAUAGUUAUUUAAUAGCUUUCUAAACUGAUUAAUUUUCUAUCUUCUUGCCAGUUACAUUAGAGAUUUUUUCAAAAAUGCAGAAGUUCAGGUCUAGCUGCUUUUUUAAGUAGACAGAUGAGCAAACGUAGCUCAUUUUAAGAAUCAGAAAUCUUUUGCAGUCUAAUCCUGAAUUGUGCAAGCAUCUUUUUUAUUUUAAAAUCUUUACUAAGUAAUCUGAUGAACACUUACUAGUUUACACACUUUUUGAUACAGAUGAACAUUCAUUUUCUACAGUGUCUCUAUAGAAGAAUUAAGUCUUCUACAGUUUUUCCCAUUCUCUGGUUGUAUGAAAGAUUUUUUUAAACAAAGGAGUAAUGAAGGGAAAGUAACAAAUUACAAAUUUAGCAGUAGGACUAGAGCGAAUGGCCUCAAUUUGUGCCAGGGGAGGGUCAGGUUGGAUACUAGGAACAAUUUCUUUUCCAAAGGAGUGGUCAGGAACAGACUGCCCAGGGAGGUGCUUGAGUCCUUGUCACUGGAGGUACUCAAGAAACAUGUAGAUGUGGCACUAAGGAGUGUGGGUUAGUGGGGAAAUAUUGGUGGUAGGUGGAUGGUUGGACUAGGUAUCUUGAAGGUCUUUUCCAACCUUGGUGAUUCUAUGAUUGUAAAUAAUAAAUUCUUAUACAUGCACUCUUGAUCUGGAUUAUCUAAAAAGAGAUUUUUACAAGAAUGGAUAUGACUUAGAUGUUGUUUCUGAAGAGGAACCUGUUUGUGAAGCUGGUAAAAGUGUGAAGAUAAUCAUAACAGUUACUGCAGAUCAAACUGAAUGUUACUGAAUAACUAGAAAAAAAACUAGAAAAACCAGAUGAUCAUUAUGGUCCUUUUCAACCCAGGCCAUUCUAUGAUUCUAUGAAUGGCAGGACUCAAUACUGCAGUGACUAGAGAUGCCUGCUAACUGACAUUUUGGGGACAACGCCAGGUAUCCAUAAGAACAGUUUGAUCCUGUCUUGUUUUGCAGUCAUCCCUUCCACCAGCAGCUAUGGCAAAGAGUGCCAUCAGCAGCUGGAAAUCAUUCUUUGCUGACACAGUGAAGUGUCUGAUUCUAAGCCACUCAUUCUUAAUUUUGUUCAAGUAGAACUCAAGUUCUAACUCAAAUUCUUUGCUUCCUCUGUCAAAGCCUCAGAUUUUAAAUCCACCUUUAUCAGUCUUUAAUAUUAAUAAAUCAGUCUUUAAUAUUAAUAAAACCAUGAGCAGGAUAAGGAAGACAGAGAGGGUGUGAGCUCUGGAGUACAGUGUGAAAACCACCUUCAUGUGUGUAUCUUCAGCAUGUGUGAAACGGAAGUUACUUUCAUACAUCACAGCACAUUCUUCCUUGUUAUCAUAUGUUAUUUAUAGGUUUUUCAGUAAUCUUGAAAUUGCAUACACAGAGUCAUAUUAAACAUACGGUUGAGCCCAUGGCUCAAAGUCAAUGUCAUCUCAAGGAGGACUGACAUAACAGUUUGAACAGAGAAGCAAGUACACAUCCAGCCUGUGGGAACAGCCAUCACACAGCUCUGCAUUCCCACGUGGCUGAGCCUCAGCCAGGAGUUUCCUAAGUAGACUUUUCUGGAAGAGCAAUAAAUGCACACCCUUAUACACACCCUUACAGCACUUCUUCUCAUGGAGAUCUAUGGAACAGGUUGCUUCUCCAUAGCCAUGAUGUUUUUUUAGUUCAGAUUUGCAGUUUGUUAAAUAUCUCAGUGCAGAUGAGAUAAUUUGUUAAACAUUUCUAGGCAUUUUCCAUGCAAUCUUGGAAAAUACUGGACUUUGCUUGAAAGAACCAUCCCCGGGUUGGUCUGUCCCUCAGAUGCAGACCAUCUUCCUUCACAUGCAUAGCAUGAAGCACAAAGCGACCUGCAGAAACUCUACAAGUUCAGAGUAAAAUGUAUAAUACUUAGGUAGCAGGUGCCAACCUCACAUAAACACCACUUGGACUCCUUGUCACUGCAGUAAAGAAAUCUGGUGGUGAAUGCAGUGGGAUCCAGAGACUUAAAGGCUCUCCUGCCUGAAGAUGGUCCCAGUUCUGUCUCAGGCUUCAAGGAGGUGCAUUUGGCGGUGAACUUUGGGAGGAUCUGUUCAAUGACUUCGUUCAGUACCUCCAUGGAAAAAAGAAGAGUCCAGAAUUCUCUGUCAAGCCUUCUGCAAAUAUGGCUUGCAAUUUAAAGCACCAUAAAAUUAUUUAGAGUAAGAGUAAUAAUGUGUAACACCCUUAUGCUAAAGCUGAAGGACUACAAAAGUUUAAAACAAUUACUUUCUAGUGCUGAGCAGGAAACAGCCUUUUAGAUACACUAGAUAGUAUUACUUACUUAGGCCUGGCUGGUAAUAACAUUCUGUCCUUAGCUGAAAAAGAGGAAGAAACUGGUCCAGAGAAUGUUGCAGUAUUAUUUUUUUCUUUAGGAAAACUACCAAUAAGGAGAAAAGCCCGCAGUAUGCUGCAGUAUUGUAUGCUCACCUCCCUCAAACUUCUCUCUGAUAAUGCAAAUCCAAACUGCAGCAGAUGAAUCAACCUUGACAGCAUGCUGACAGACUGGGUUUUAUGAAAGAAACGAUUUCAAACAGGUUGUUGCCUAUUUACUAAAAUGAAUAUUACUGCUUGUGCAAAAGUAUUCUCCUUGUUUUAUGUAACUGGAGCCAGAAGUGGUGGAUUUUGUUCCUACUGUGCUCAUGUUUUACAUCGCUGCCCUGGACAAGCCUCUCUGCAUAUUUGCUUUCCCGUUUUUAAACAUGGAGGGAUGCUCUCUAUCAAUAGAAAGCACUUGGGAGUCUGUGCACAAAACAGAUCAGUAUCAACUCUUUGUAUUAUUAUCUAUGUGAAAUAGGCUUAAUGUAGCUGCCCUUAUUUACAUGGCAUGGGAGAUGACUCUUGUAAAUAAGGGAUCUUUUUUAUUGCUGGUUUGUCUUAGUUCCUUGGAGAUAUUGAAAAAGAACACACUUCACUUCUGUAAAACCAACUCCAAUGGAAGAUAAGAUUCCAGUGCAAAAGGUAUUCAUUUCUUAUUUAAGUGCUAGCUAGUAACUGCAGCAUUCAGGUGAACACUUCCUCUUUUUCAUAAUGGAAAGACAGAGUUAAGAGGAAGGGGUCAGAAUAACUCACUGGCUCAACAUCACAAUCUUUCUCUUUUUUGGCCAAGCCUGCAAAUGAAUUUGUAGGUACCAAUUAAAGGAAAUGCUGUGUGAAGUCACAAGGAUGCAUGCGUGGCAAACGUUGGGUCAGCUCACUGCCGGUAUGAAAACAGAGGCAACCGCAUUGCUGGGAUCAGUGGACUCCAAAGGGGACCUCCAUGCUUUCCAGAAAACUGGUGGUCCUGUAGAGAAGAUGAACUCCCAGAAAAGGAACUUUUCAGGUAGUGGCUGGAUGACAAAUAUCUAUUUCUUUCUCAUCACCCCAAAUACAUUUAUUAGCAAGCUGAAAUGAAUUAUUUCAUACAUACAGAAUGCGGUCUCCCUUAAUUGCAUUUCUUUUCAACACUGGACACUCUUCUGAAAGACUUAACAUUUUAGCCUUAUGAAGGUGAAAGUUGUAAAAACUUUAUUUUGUAUUUCUGAGCAAUGUAGAUAGACCUAAAGAUUUCAUGAAUUAUCAUGUGGUUGCCCAUAUCUGACUAAUAAUUAAAUUGUAAAUUUGCAGUUCCAUACUAGGGUUAGUCUUUUCACCUGCUUCAAAAACUAAAGGUCAUAUUUGGUAUAUAAACACACAGAAUAUCCUUCUGAUUGAAUUUCAAGAGCAUAUUCAGGACUAAAUGUUUCUAAGCACUUCUGAUACUGUAGUCUAUAAGAGGAGCAGACACUUCUAAAGCAAUGUUAAAAGUUGUCUUUCAUAAUUGAGUCAACGGAUCAUUUUUGUAAUCAAUUCAAGCAAGUGUUCUCUACUAGAAGAGCUAGUGGCUGUUGGUAUUGUACAAAAAAUCAUCCUAGUAUCCAAAGGGUUAGGGGUGGGGAGGGGCUGUUUGGUUUUGUUUCUCUUUCCAGGGAGAUCUUUAACAUUGUUUGAUGAAGCUAGUUUCAUUUGAGAUUGUUAUUGAAGAUAAAGGCUUCUGUGUUCUAUGGCUGCUUGGGUUCUUCGUACAUAAUGUCCUAGUAAUGUCACAGUGCUGCUGUAUCUAGAUCAAACCACUGUUUUGAUUGUUUUUUUGGCUUUGUUUUUUUUUAAAUAAAUUCUUUAAUUUAAUUACUUGAAAA